AUGACUGGGGUGUUGAAGUGUCACCGAUGCGGUCAAAAUGACCACAUUGCAUCGGCGUGCCAGUCCGGGGUCGUCGAUGCUGUGGAUCGACUCCGCCGGGAGUUGCGGGAUGAUAUGAACGAAGUGAGGGGAUUGUUCCAGGAAAUGCAGCAGCGAAUGGAAUCUCAGCAGCAGCUGGAGCAAGAGAGGUGGGACUAUGUUCUUUCGGGUCAGUAUCCAUCGUCUCCUGGAUCUCAAUACAUGCCUAACGUUAGGAACUCUGCAGAGGUCGCUGCUCUGCGCGUCCGCUCGGCCCCGCGGGUUCCUGCCCAACUCCAGCAUCAGCGCCGCAUGAAAGCGCUGAAGAGGAAGCGUGCCGAGGAGGAGAAGAAGAAUGAGGAGGAAGAGGAGGAGCAGAAGAAGAAGGAGGGUGACAAGGAGAAGCAGGAUGGUGCUUAA